CGGCCCGUCAAAUCGGUUCAGUUGCAUUGGGCGCGCGGUUACGUGCAACUGUUCUGAUCGGUUGCACUUCAAUUUGGUGCACUUUCUGGUUCUUGAGUUAUAUUUUCAAAGAGCCGGAAACUCGACGACAUGACGGUCUAAAGUUUCGCGUAGUUCGCUUUAUUUUGCCUGUUUUUUAGUUUAGUAAAGUCAAUCGUGAAACGGCAUCUGUUACAAUUUUACGUAAAUCUUUCUCCCAAACAUAACCUCGAAAGUCCUCUUUGUGUUUAAAUUGAAAACAAAUAACCCAGAAACAGACCCAAAGCAAAAAUUGAAAUCACAGAAACAACAAUCAACAAUAUAAAAAUGAAUAAUUGACAGUUGCAAAUGUCUCGAAGAUCAUUUCUGGGUCCCGACUCGGUUUCGACAAAGGCGGCCAAGUGUGUGCCAAUAGUGAGAAUUGAUAAUGACCAAAUUGACCGAAUUGAGUUCGUGAUGCGUUAAGAGAAGCAGAAGACAAAAUGAAUCUAUAUACAAUAUACGAUUGGAUCACAUCGCUGCUUCGAACUCGCAGUGGCAGCGCCUUCUACAAGGCAAUCGAGGCGCCGGAGUCGGCGCAGGAAUUAGAGCCAGAGUCGGAGUCAGAGCCAUCAGCCGCUGCUGGACGGCAGCAACAUCCACAAUUGACCGCUCAACAUGUGGAUAUUGAGUUCAUACCAACAUUGAAUUUUGUAUUCAAAGGGCCAACAACAAGCAAUAAACAACUAGAAGCGACAACAACAGAGGAACGAGAGCAACAUGUUGACUUGGGAACUUCAGCAGCAUGCGAUAGUGUUGACAGUUCAGACGGCAACUCAGAUGGUGAUAACAGUCCACACACAUAUAUAAUCUCAAGAAGCAGCUUCACUGUUGCCACGAGCUCGAGCAGCACUCCAUACGCGGUUACAUCGACAGACACAGCCGAGCUAUUGAGGCAACAAAAUAAUCUCAGUCUCACCGAAGACGAGCAGACGAUUUCGUCGUUUAGCAUUGAGCCUCCCACCAGCUCCAUUUCCAUUGAAAUGGCCGAGCAACAGCAACACACGACGACAACAACAAAUACAGCAAGGAGCGAAGCAACAAGCAGCGGCGAUGUGGGAGCAGGAUUAGCCACGACAGCAACAACAACAACAACCACUAGCAGCAGUAUAGAGGAGGACAUUGAGGAAGCAAUUGACCUGAGUGAGGUGGAGGAGGAGUUGCACUCUAACAUUGACUCUCUAUCAGAGGCAGCUGCUUUUACCAGACCACAACCUUCCUCUGAGGCUGGGGAACAGCAAUCCCAACAAAGUGCCAAACCUGACAGCAGCGAGGAGGCCGCCCAGUUUCGUAUUGAUGAUGCUCAACUAUCUGGAGGCCAGUUGGCCCAACACUUUCUGGUGGUCGACGAGGAAAGUGACGGUGAUGUUGAGCCCACAAGUCCAAGGAAUCAAGUCACACACUCUAACGAGGCUGACGAUGAUGAUGAAGACGGCGAUGUGGAUGAAGAUGAGGAUGACGAUGAGGAUGACUUCGACAUUAGUCUGCCAUUAGAACAGAGAAAGCCUGUGCACUCGCGCCAUGAAGACAACGUGGAGGUGUCGUUGCAUGCACACGGCGAGGGUGAGAGUCUCAGCAAUCAAAGCACCACCGACGAUGUCUCUGACUUUGCAGAUGAGCCACAUCAUUCGGCAUCAGCAACCGCCACUGAGGCCGAGGACGUGUUGAAUCGGGAUGAGGCACAAAGUGGCUUACAUCAAGAUGAUCGGGAGUCAAUGGUGGAGCAAAGCGAGUUGGAAACAACAAUUGAUCCAAACAGCGAACAAGAACAGGAUCAUUCGAUGGAGGAGAUCGUAGCGACAAAUGAGUCUGUAGAAAUAACCUAUGAUGCAGAUGAGGCGCUUGUCAGCAGCUCCUUGCGCUCUACAUCGCCAAACUUGAAAAUUGUAACAGAUCUAGAUGUGGUGGAGCCCCAGGAAGCAAAGACCUGUGAAUCCCUAAAGCUGCCCCAACUGAAACACUCACAAAUAGUCGAAGCUAAAGCUGCUAAGAUUAUGGAAACGCUGCAUCUGCAACCAGAGCCACUGGAACUAACCAUCUUGGAGCUGGAUCCCAUUGAAUAUCAUGAGGAUGACGAUGAGGACGAUGAGGAGUGCUCCCUGCAACUGAUGAAGCUACGUUUAAUGGCAAUGCAUCAGCAGACGCUUGCAGAAAGUGCCUCCAAAACAUCGCCCACCGAAUCGCCAGCUUCACAUGAGAACGUUAGCAGUUCUGGAAACGUGGAGCUCAAGCAAAUGGAACGUGUUCCGCUGACGGAGUUUAGCAAAGACGUACUCGAGGACAUCACCGAGGAGAGUGAACGCCUGCUCUCACUGAGCACCACAGCCGAGGAGCCGCAGUCACUUUCUCUGGAGGAAUCCAAGACAUUGCUGGAGGGCAAGGCGGGCAGCACUUCCAGUUUGGUGAGCUUGAACAUGCUAAAGCAACUGGAGGCCAAGGUGCAUGACCUUUACACGCAGCUGGAGACCAAAGACAGUUGCUUAAAUUCACUGAAUUUGCAACUAGAAGCUGCCCGGCGGGAAUCCAGUGCUGGACCCGCUUCCGCCCGAGAUAGCAGCUCGCUGGUAACCAACUCGACGGAAUAUCGCACGUUUCAAGAGGAGUUUGGUGCGCCGACUCUGGACAUCUAUGUGGAGUUGUCACGACGCGAUGAGAUCAUCGCAAAGCUCACGGAGUCACUGCAGCACUCAAUCAAUGUGAGGGACCAACUACAAACGGAUGCAGAUCGACUGGGAGGUGAGGUGCAGACGCUUCGGAAGCAGCUGCAUGAAGCUAUCGACACAGUCAAACGAAGUGGACCAUGGCCGGAACAGGAUGUGAAUGCCGGACAGCGCAUCUCAGAGAUCUCCAUGGAUCUGAUUAGCGAAAGCGAUGAUGAUCUCGAUCGCAACUUUCUUAUCGAUCAGGAGGAGCGUGGUUCACGAAGUUCACGGGAGCGACAGUUGUCGGUGCCGCGGUCGAGACAGUUGUCGGUUUCAGUCGAGGAUUUGGGCGUGGCCCCUUUGCCGCCCGAGUGGCCGUCCGCUUUCAGCAAGCAGAUAGAACAGUUCCAAAAAUGUCUACUACCCGGGGAACUGCGUCCGUUUCUCCUAGUACAGCGCAAGUUCGACGACUACUUGUCACAGCAGCUGGAACAAUGCCGGGAGCAGUGUGCGCAGGAACUCAAGAUCAGCCAAGAUCGUUGGGAGAGCGAGAAACUGCUGGGUGAGCAGACACAACAGGCGGCACAUUCCAAAGAGAUGGAAGAACUUCGCAAAUAUUUUGAGCACCGCUGUGCCGACCUGGAGAAACAGUUUUCUGAUGACGUCUUCUCGCACAAAUCUCAGCAUCUAGCCGGCGACAGUUCGUCCGAAUGCUCGGAGAUUGAGCAGUUGCCCGAGGAGUUGGCCUCCAAGGAGCCAUCGCCUCGAAAGCGCAAACGUGCCGAACUGUUGCUCAGUCCCAGCCAUCGCCAAAUAACGCCCAGCAAUGUGGAAUCCCUGGGCGAUAAGAAAGAGGCCAAAGACAACAUGUCGCUGGAGAUUGCGGACCUCAAGGUGUUCUAUCAAACGCACAUUCAUGAGCUGAAACGCUCCAAUGAGAAUCAGGUUCGCAAACUGACAGAGCGUCUGCGAUUCUACGAGCGUCGUCAAGCAGAUGAUGACUACCUGCCAACACCCAAAUCACCACGUACCUGCCACGAAGUAAGCCAAGACGAGAUCCCAUUGCCUGCGUCCAUGCCUGCCCAGAAUCCAAAUACGUCGCUGAUAAUUAUCGAUGAGGACGAGCUGAAUUUGAAUAACGAAUCGCAGGUGAUACAGCGCAUCAUUGAGGAGUAUGAGCGGCGCUUGCAAGAGCAACUGGCUCUCGCUCGCCAGGACAUUGCCACCGAGCUGGAGCAGCAGAUACAGAAUUUGUUGUCGGAGAGUCCGGUGGAUGAUCAGUACUGGCCAAAGGAGCUAAUAUUGCUGCGAGAGAAGUUUACAGCAAAGAGUCAAUUGGAGAUAACACAACUGAACAUCAAACAUGCUGAAGAGAUGUCACGGAUGAAGCUGGAAUACGAGAAACAACUUAGCCGCAAGACCAAGCGGCACCUGACCUUUGAUUCCACACGUGACUUGGAGAAUAUAAUUAACGAACGGGAUGGCCUGAGGGAAUUAUCAAAGAGUUUCCGGAGUGUGCUCUGCCGCUUGGCUAAGUGCGUUGCCAAUUGUGAGGAUGACCUUAAUGCCACUCUCUCAGAGGAGGUGCAGCGCAUACUAGCCCAAAGUCGAAGCCAGGAGGCUGGUGAGGACUUGGAGCAGACGUUAAGCAGUUCCCUCCUGCAGGGUUCUUUCAACAAUACAAAGCAGCUACGCCUUGUGCCUGAUGUCCAUAGUUUAUUAGAAGUGGUUGAGGAUCCCAGUCUGGUGCAGUUUAUCGACAACAAAAGCGCCGAGGAUAACAACGAUGACUUUGACUUGGGCGAUUGCCUGGAGCGUUUAAAGUCAGAGGCCACCUACCUACUACAGCUUUCCGAGGAUCUGGACAAGCAUCAAGUUGACGAGUCCGGGGAUCCAGUGGAUGAGCCAGAGAAACAGGAACACGAAUUGUGUUGUGAAGCCGAAGACGGUUUAAAGACGACAGCACCUUUGCCAGCGGCACAACAACAGCUGCUGCACAAACUCCUGCGCACCAAUUCGUUAAAUGAUCAACAUCUUGGCGUGGCAUCUCAACGCAAAACAGCUCAAGGAGUGCCACCAGUCAAGGCGCACAGUUCCCUGCCCAUCGAUCUGCAGCAGCACGUGGGUAAUGCCUCCGAAUUAAGCUUUCAGCUGGUAGAGCUAAAGAAUCGCCUCAUCAAAUCCGAAUCGGAUCGGCAGAAGCUUCAACAACAGCUGACCAAUACCAUCGAUCGUAAUGCUGAGUUGGGACAGGAGCUCCAGACGCUGCGCGAUCAGCUGUCGCAGCUAAACUCUCUGAAUCACACGGACUAUGCCGAAGGGUAUGGUCUUGGCGACAUGAAGAUCUCCCAACCCCUGGACCAGUCUUCGACUAGCUUUGUGCAGCUCCAGGAGAGAGCUCGCCACUUGCUGACUUCACCAACAAAGCAACAGUCCCAGGAUCAGGGUAAUACGACAGUUGUCUUGCUACAGAUGAUCGAAGACUUUUGUCGCGAAGGCGACAAAGUGGUGGAGUCCGGCAAGAAGGAUCGUGAGGAUCUUCAGUCUCAGAUCGACACCGCUGACAAACAGCUAAAGGCAACGCGCUUGUUCCUGGAAGAACAAGCUACCGAGCGCGAACAGGAACGCGAGGAAUUCCAGCGCGAGAUCGAGCAGUUGAAAUUGCAGUUGCGAGAAAAGGAAAAAGAGCGCAGCUCUUUUGCCAAUGCCUCCGAGGAGUUGAGGGUAGUAAAGGAGAAGCAUUAUGCCCAGCUGGAGAUGCAUCUGCGGGAGGUAAACCAACAACUCAACGAGUCCAAUUCGAAGCGAGACAAGUUCGAAGUGGAACUUAAGGCGUCGAUAGACAAGAUCUUUGUGCUGCGAGAGAUUAUCUCAGAUCUGGAGACACAGGUGCAGACCAAAGCCCUCAAUGAGCAGGUGAUGGAAGAGAAGUCCAAGCAGCUGGAGGAUUAUGUCAAAGUUCAAAUGCGAUCCCAAGAUGCUCUUCAACAGGAAGUGCACAGUCUGAAAACGGACAUCGGCGAAGGAUACAAGGCGAGAAUACGCCAGCUUGAGGAAAAGCUCCAGCAGGGACUACCAUCGGCUGAGCAGAGCAUGGUACUCAAUCAGGUGGCCGAGCAACUGCGUGACAUUGAGACGACCCUGGAUCAGAAGACAAAAACAUUGGAAUCGCUUCACAACUCCAACACGGCCUCCAACUCGUGUAGUCUUAGCGCCACAGAGGAUGUCUCCGUCCAUGGUGGCAGCAAGCAGCCAACAGCAUCCCACACGGCCGAAGGCUCCCCCUCGCAUCCCUCACCCUGCCUCCACUCACUGACAGUCGAAGGUGUGCAGCGCGUGGCCGAGAAACUGGAGAGACAUUCGCGGGUCGAGGAGGCUGCAAUCAAGCGCAUACGUGAUCUGGAAAUGCAAGUCACCCAAAUGCGUUCAGGCUGUGUGGAAUUGCAGCAUGAACGCGACUCGUUGCAGGGCCGAAUUGAUGAGCAGACACAGCGCAUUUCCACAUUGCACAAGCGUCUUGAGGAGCAGCGUCAGCGGGCGGAGGAACUACAUCGGGUGGGCACCUCUGAUCUGAACACUCGGGUCCAUGAGCUACAGAGCGAGGUGCGUGAUCUAGGCGAGCAACUCGCAGCACGGGAUAAGCAAAUGGCCACCGUGCAACAGCAGCUACAGCGCAGCAAGGAUGAAAUAGUCCGUCUCGAAGGAGAGCUCGCAGUACGCAGUCAGCCGGAUCGCACUCUCGUUGACCGCUUGGAGGCGGAUGUGCAGCAGAAGAGCAGCGAACUGCAGAACCUUAGGGAGAAGAUACGCACGGAAAUGAUCAAUCGCCUAUCGCUGCCCGAUCUCAUGGAAACCAUGCUGGCUGACAAGAAUGAUGAGAUUGAUCACCUGCAGCAGCAAUUGGAGGCCAGGGAUCGCGAGCUGCAAGCUGUCAAGGAUGCCAGCCAGGCGUCUUCACCUCUCCUGGCUGCUGGCAAACAGGAUGCAAGUGCUAAGCACAGUGCUCGCACUCUCAGCGACAUUGGCUCUAUCACCGAGUUCCCUGAGCCGGAUGUGGACCGACGAGCGGCAAUGCGCAGUCUCAAUGCGCCCCUCCAGCUACCCGGAGCUGAGAGCGGCUUCCUGCAUCAGACAAUGGAAACCUCGAAGCAAGCUGUCGCGAAUCUCACGUACCAGCGUACUGAUGACUUGAGUGGUUUUGUGGUGGCCCAUCCUGUCAACACAUUCGAGCAUCCGCAUUAUUUCCAGGUUCCCAAUGCACUGGGCGUUACUGCACAAAGCAGUGGCGAUCUGACACCUGGCUUGGUCCCACGACAGAUCAAUUUUUCGAAUUUGACUGAGGAUUCCAAGAUGAAGACUCCCGGUCUGUUGAUGCAGACACCUGAGCUACCCAAGCCAAUUGCCUCCCCGGAACUGCAGCAGUUAAGGCAAAAGCUAUCGGCUUUGGAGGAGGAGAAACAUAAUCAAAAGACAGAGCUUGAGCAGAAUCUGUGCCAGCUGCAGAAACAAUUGGAACGCGAAAAGGAACAGCUUCAGAGACAGCAGAAGCUAGUGCGAGACCAUGAGGAGAGUGAACAAAAGUAUCGACUUCGCAUAGAAUCGCUAGAGAGUAAACUCUUGGAGACGGCUGCCCACGGGGCCUCCGAGCGGGAAACGCUUCGUAGAGAACUCAACUGCGUAAGUGCAGCGCAUGCGCAUUGCGAGCAACUGCAUCUGGACACAGCAGCGGCUCGAAAGCGAGAAGUCGAGGCACUCAAUGCAGACAUUAAGUCCAAGACGGAGCGCAAUAAAGAGUUGGCAGCCCGAUUGCAUGCCACCCAGGAGCACAGUGAAGAGCUACAGAGGCAGGUGAAUGCGUUGGAAAGAGAGCUGGAGCGACUGAAGAACAGUGAGAACAGCUCCAAGCAGUAUUCAGUGGAUGAAAUCGCACAGCAGGUGGAAAAGGAGCUAAACUACUCGGCACAAUUGGAUUCGAAUAUACUCAAGGCCAUUGAAAGUGAGGAGGAGAACAAUUUGGAUAAGAAAUUACAGCAAAAGGAAGUUCAAACGGAUGCUGAAGCCUCGCCCAGCAACAGGAAUGCGAACGGCAACGGAAACGGAAACGGUCACGGCACGGAUGACGAAAACUUUACGGGUGAACGGGAACUGUUGAAUCAAUUAGAAGCACUCCGUGCACAGUUGAUCGUAGAGCGAGAACAAACCGAGUCGCUGAGCAAGGAGCUGCUCGGCGAAAAGCAGCAUUCACAGGAUAUACAGGAGCAGGAUGUGCUCAUUAUCGAGGCCAUGCGCAAGCGCCUGGAAGCCGUGCUCGACGCCGAGGAUGAGCUCCACAAACAACUCGACAUGGAGCGUGAGCGAUGCGAGCGGUUGCAAACGCAGCUAACGUCAAUACAACGUGCCGAAAGCCGUCGAAGUAGCCUCAUGCUUAAAUCCCCCACGGAAUCCCCCCGGAAAUCACCUCGAGCAGACUUUGAAUCGGAGCUGUGCGACAGACUUCGCAGCGAAUUGAAGCUAUUGACUGCCCAAAAUGAGCGGGAGAGAGAAAGAUCGGCAGAUGCUCAGCGGAACAGCGAGCGGGAGCGACAACGCUACGAAAAGGAGCUCCAGGAACGCGUUGCCUACUGCGAGCGCCUCAAGCAGGAGAUGGAGAAGCUGGCACGCGACAAGGAGUCGGCCGAACUGGAAUUGGAGCAUUUUAACGAGCGCCUCACAUUGCAAGCCAAUGAAAUUGAGAGCCUGGAGACAAGGAUGGUCACUCUUCAGGAGACAGAGACGCGUCGUGCCACAACCCGUUCCCGACAGCACCAGGAACAGGCCAAACUACAGGCAGAGAUCCACGAAUUAAAGUCAAAGUUACUUGCCGCUGAGGCCACUCGGGAGAGCCUAGAACAGAAGAUCACCCAACUGCGGUUUGAUGUGACUCGCUCGGCACAACGUGAGUCCAAGCUGUCGGAAGCCUUGGCUCAGGCCAACGAUCGCCUGGCCCACAGCACAGACGACACAGUUCCCGUACAGUUUCUCCAAAAGAUGAAGGAGAUCAACACGCUGUUGGCGGAGAACACUCAGGAGAAUCGUCAGAUGGCCGAGACUGUGCAGUAUCUGGUAGGCGAGCGGAUUGCCCUACAAAAGAAGUGCGAGGAACUCGGCAGCGGCAACAACAAUGGAAGUGCUCACGUUGGUGAACUUGAGGAACGCUGCCGACAGCUUCUCGGUCGAUAUCUGCGAGUCGAAAGCCAUCGUAAGGCUCUCGUAUAUCAGAAGCGCUACUUGAAGCUCACCCUGGAGGGCUACCAAGCGAGUGAGCAAUUGGCCCUUCAAACGCUUUCAGGAGGAACCGGAACAAAGGUAGCGACGCCUCGACUCACCAAAAAGAAGUUGUUCAAGACUGUCGCAUUGGCAAUCAUCGCCAUACAACGCAUCAAGUACAUUGGUCGCAUUUGGCAUACUGGCAAGCGAAUUGUCAGCAAGUCAGUCUUUACAAUAACUCAGCAGAGAGCUGGACCCGGUCACAAUCUAAAUGUACCGUCAUCACCUCUGCCCGUGGCCAAUCAAAACCUCAACACACCCACCAACCCGAACAUCGCAGGGCGUCUGAGUUACGCUCCUGCCUCCCCAUCCCUGGUGCCAGCUGUCAACUUCAGUACCUUGCAGCCCAUUGUACUAGCCCACGACUACACCUUACAGACGCCAGCCUUGCUCAAUAAUAAUCAUAUCAACCAUAGCAACAAACACGGCAGCAACAACAGCAACAUUAAUUAUAAUAACAAUGAGAAUGCUCUGCCAUCGUUGUCCAGUCUGGACUGGCCGACGACACAGACGACCACGAAAACAAAACGCGUGCAAUCGCGGCAUCAUUAGCUAAACUCAUGCUCAAAAAAUAAUUUUAAGAGAACCAAACCGGAAGACAGCCAUACAUGAUAGUUAAUGUGUAAAAGUACGAGCCAUAUAAGUGCUAAUGUGUGUUAUAUUUCAGCUAAUUGUACGUUUUAAGAUGUUUGUAGUCAUGAAUUAAUUGUACUAUAUAUUUAGUGAAUAGCUAUAAAUCCACACCAAAUCCAACUUCAUGCUUGACUCUAAAUGUUAUAAGUACUCGUAUAUAUGUUUUGCAACCUUGUACCAACUAAUUAUUAUUUGUAGGCUUAAAAUUACACCUGACCUUGUCUCGAUCCCAGUAUUUAUAUUAUUAUUAUACUUAUAAUUGAUUAUAAUCCUUUGAUUUGAAUAAGUUAAUGCCACUUGAAUUACCUUAAGAUUGUUUAGUUUUUACACCUGUGCGACUGUAUCAUUUUUUUUAGGUUGAUUAAAGCCGAUUUAUGCUCAUUAUAACUGGUUAAAUUUGCAUUUUAUUUUGACGUAAUUGUACUAAAGGGCAAGUCAAUGAAACACUUGGAAUGUGCCUUAAUUGUGAGAGUUUACACUUAGCAGUUGUUAGUUAGGCCAUUGAAGCAUUAUAUGUUUAAUAAAAAAUGUCUCAAAA